GUAGUUGAAUUCCUUUAAUACACUACAGCAAACUAAUAUAUUAAUCAAGUAUUAAUGUCAUUCCGACAGGAAACUUUGAUUUUUUUCUUGAUUGAUUUUGCCCAAUUGAAUAGAAAAGGGUGAAAUCAGCAGAAGGGUGUUGUCUGUGAAUGGAUGAUCUCGUGACAUGGAUGACAGGCACCUUUAUAAUGGUGCCUGUCAUCCACACCAUCGUGGAGUGCAACAGAGGCAGACAGGGCAAGCUUCGCAUUGCCCGCUGGUGGAUAUCUUGUAUUUUCAUAGUGUCAGUCUCUUUUUCCUCGGCAUUUGUGUGCGGACUGGGAGGAUACUUCAUAGCCCAUUUCUCUGUUAGCAAGCCCUUGGCAGUCCCUACGCAGUGCACAAUUCUCACCAAUAGUGUUGAUCUUCGAUCAACCAAGGUAUGUCGGAUGGGGCUGCUAAACUUUAAUUCUAAGAAUGUUCUAUUGUCUACUGGGAACAGCAGAUACCGUUGCUACUAUGAUUAUUAUUGGGCUUCAGUAUUUAAGGUUGAAUAUAUACCACAUGCAUCAAGUCAACCAAUACAGGCAGCAGCUGAGGCCCCACAGGAGGCUCUUCCAGUUGAUUGUAGGCCCAAUUUCAGCUCUGCAUGGAGAAUCAAAGAUAAGUUCAAGGUAAAUGGGACAUAUCACUGCAAGUACACCCCUGGAAAGUCCAAGGUGGAUAUUGUUGGUGAUAAUUUCUUCAGUUGUUCUGCAAAAGAAGUCUCACUAUUUGAAUUGAUAAGUCGUGUAUCAAUCCUAUUUUGGCGUUCAGAUCGUUUCAUAUCAUCUAAAAGGAGCACUACUGUGCAUUUAAUGUGGAGCAUAGCAGCAUUGAUAUUUUCUGGAAUGUCUUGUUCCAUAUUGCUGACAGUUUUUGUAAAAACUGCAAAGGUUUUGAGAUAUAAGUUACUUGGUGGCCAUGAACCUAAGAAAGUGGAUGAUGGUUUCUUUGAAGUAAGGGUGCAACUGUUUUGUUUUUCUAUUGCAUCAUUGUUUUUUGUUAUUUGGAUUGGCGGCCAGCGUGAAGAACUCUCUAGUCUUUAUCGGUUUUUGAUUAGGACUUGUUUGAAAAUCUUACAAACAAAAAACUGGUGGAAUAGUUUGCAAGUCCCCAGAUUUUUAUGAAUUGUUUUAAUUUUCAACUGUGCAACAUUCUCCAAUGUGGUAUAGUUGAGCUUGCCACAAACUUAAUGAUACAACACGUGCAAGUCUCAUUUUUGCAUAUAAUUGCUAUUUAUUGUAUUUGCUAUUGCUGUGACUAGUGCUCUCUGUCACCAUAAUUGCUAUUGAAUUAGUAUAGAUGUUCAUUGUACAGCUAAA